CAGAUUCCUAUCCCUGGGCAUUCCCAUUCUCAUUCCGCAUACCAACCGUAGUUUGUAUUUAUUUGAAAGAACACAGAGGAGAAACUUGGAACGACCGACGAUGAGGCUGUUCUCGACGAAUACGGUGAUCUGGGUCUUGUUUUUGCUGGUGCUAUCGACCUUUUCUUAUCAGAACCAUGCCUUUGUUUCGUCUCGAAUUAUGCUGAACCGCUUGUCUCAAAGCAGUAAUUACUUGACCGAUAAGGAGCUCUGGUUCUCUCAGACACUCGACCACUUCUCUCCCUUUGAUCACCGCCGGUUUCAGCAACGGUACUAUGAAUUCCUUGACCAAUUCCGGCUUCCAGAUGGACCUAUUUUUUUAAAAAUUUGUGGUGAAUCUUCAUGCAAUGGGAUAGCCAACGACUAUAUCAGUGUUUUAGCAAAGAAGUUUGGGGCAGCCGUGGUUUCUCUUGAGCAUCGCUACUAUGGCAAAAGUUCCCCCUUCAAUUCACUGAAGACGGAAAACUUGCGGUAUCUGUCAUCUAAGCAGGCGCUCUACGAUUUGGCUGUUUUUCGCCAAUAUUAUCAGGAGUCACUAAAUUUGAAGCUCAAUAGAUCAAAUGUUGAAAAUCCCUGGUUUGUUUUUGGUGUUUCUUACUCGGGAGCUCUUAGUGCAUGGUUCCGUCUUAAGUUUCCUCAUUUAACAUGUGGAAGUCUUGCAAGUUCUGCAGUUGUUCUUGCUGUUUAUAACUUCACUGAAUUUGACCAGCAGGUUGGUGAUUCAGCUGGUGCGGAAUGUAAAGCUGCAUUGCAAGAAACCAAUCAACUUGUUGAACAGAGACUUGCAACAGAAGGAAAAACAGUCAAGACAUUGUUUGGCGCAGCUGAGCUUGAGAAUGAUGGCGAUUUCUUCUAUUUUCUGGCAGAUGCUGCUGUUAUGGCGUUCCAAUAUGGAAACCCCGAUGAACUAUGCUCCCCUCUUGUUCAAGCAAAGAAGGCUGGAGACAAUUUGGUGGAAGCAUAUGCGAAAUAUGUGAAAGAGUAUUUUCUUGGAGGUUUUGGUGUUGGCGUUCAGACAUAUAAUCAGAAACACUUGAAAAACACUGCUCUUACUCAAGACAGUGGUGACCGCUUGUGGUGGUUCCAAGUUUGUACUGAAGUUGCAUAUUUUCAGGUUGCACCAUUAAAUGAUAGCGUUCGCUCCAAAAAGGUUGACACAAGUUACCAUCUGGACCUUUGCAAAAAUGUCUUCGGAGAGGGAAUCUAUCCUGAUGUUACUGCAACAAAUAUUUACUAUGGAGGCACAAAAAUAGCUGGCUCAAAAAUAGUUUUUGCAAAUGGCUCACAAGAUCCUUGGCGUCAUGCGUCCAAACAGAUUUCAUCAACAGAUAUGCCUUCAUACGUCAUUUCUUGUCAUAACUGUGGCCAUGGGACUGAUAUGCGAGGAUGUCCUCAAGCUCCUUUAAGCCUUGAAGGCGACGCCCAGAAGUGCAGCUCACCUGAUGCAGUUCACAAAGUAAGGCAACAGAUUACAGAAAACAUAGACUUGUGGCUGUCACAGUGCCAAAACUUGGCUAGGAAUUCUCUGUGAUGUUUGAUUGUUUAUAAAAAACAGUCAUGGAUAUCGCCAAUUUGAGGUUCCCUCUCGUGUAAAGCCAUAUUAUUAAACAAAGGAUUUGGGGGCACAGUUGAUUUUACAGAAUUCUGUAUAUUUAGUGUUGCCUACUAGAUAAAGGUAAAUACGAGGUGAACGUGGAAACAACAUCUAUGAUCGGUUACAUGUGAAUUGGAUGAAUCUUAAAUCCAUAUUCUUAAAUUAA